AUGGAAUUUGAAAGGAUCAGUGGGAUACUGAGCAUCUCUGUGUCUCUUUCAUCUUGCAAAUUCUUGCCUCUGUAUAAGCGCCUUCUUUAACUUUGCAGCAGUUUUUUUUUAGGGGGCAAUGUAGACCUCAUACCUGUUCUCUUCUUCCUUGUGCUGUCUACACAGCUGAAGUAUUCAGCUGGAGCUGGAGUGUCUGUAUUAGGGCUUUCUUUAAAAAUGAGAUCCAGCCUAGCUCUUGGCUUUUAAUCUGUUGCGGGGCUGGGCUGGUGUUUGGUGACGCAUUGGGCUAAGCUGACUGCAGCGAGUUAAUAGAGAAGGCAAAAGGUGUCAAGCCCCUGCAGAAUGGCUCAAGGACUUUGCAAUACCUGACCUGUAUCCCAGAUGGUGAAAAAAAGAUGAUAAAGCUGCCUCACAAGAAAUUGCAGAAAUUUUUCCUUAAAAAGGUAAGGUGCAUCUUUUUUGUUUGCUUGCUUUAGUUAGGCUGGUGACAAAGUUUGAUAGUAGCAUUGUUUUUGUGCUGUCAGCUUUGUGAUUUCUUUGUACUGAGAUGCCUCAAAGUGUUCUCUCAAUGUAAUGUUAUCUUGGCUUGGGGUCUGGGACACAAUUAAUAUCCAUCAAAAGCAGACUUCAGCAGCAUGCUGCGGGGGUUAGUUUGGUUACUGAUACAGUUUACAGGUUCCGUCAUCCUGUUGUAUUAUGCUGGCUUUUAGUAGUGCUUCUUGACUCAGUGGCACUGUAUAUUCGGAAUCUGCCAAGCAAUUUAGUGCUAAGUUUUUGCAGUGCACAAGACAGAAUGCUGCUCAUUGACUGGUUUUCAUUUUAGAAAAGAGUUGGUAUUAGAGGAUAUAUGUUAAGUGUAGGCUGUAUAUUUCCACUCUUUUCAAAUAUAUUCACAGAAACCACUAGAGAUAUGGAUACAUCUAACAGAAAAGUGUAUACUAUUAGGUAGAAAUAUAUUUAAAACGGAGUUAAAACUGGGUUUAAAACUAUCCCUAGAUCAUAUGUUUCUGUAAAGCACUUUACCUAGCUAUGUAUUGAAUGCUGUGAUAAUUAGCUGUCUGAAAUACCAUUAUUUAAUUUUAAUGUCUGCAUUAUCUGGAUCUUGUGUUGGCAACAUACAAGGAUUCAUCCCAUAGGUUUUGAAAACAUAGUGGGUUUUUUUCCCUCCUCCUCCUUCUCAUUUUGGCUACUUAUGCCCAGGGUUUAUUAGUGGUUUAUUAGAAGUGCAAUUUCUUUAUUCUAUAGAGCAUCUCAAUUUUCAUGCAGGGCAUUUGCAGUUGUAGUCAAUUAAAAUUUUGUAUUUUUACCAUGCUGUAUAAUUUAACACAUAUAUGUCAUACUAAUAUCUGCAAUAUGGUUCUUCAAAAUGAAAUACUCAACUUGGUUGUAUACUAAUUAAAACAGUUUUAAAAGGGCACAAGAGAAGACAGUUGAAUUUCAAUGCAAGUUAGAUCUGGCACACGGCUCACUGAUUUUUGGCGCAUUCACAGAUGCAGAUGGUUGGUUUUACCUUUUUCUCUGGAGUAAAUUGUCAGUAUUUAAAUGUUGAUAUCACCGUUGUGCUGUUGAACUAUCCUUCAAGGGUUUCUUAUGCUGACUAAGAAGAAUUUUCCCAUUUGCUACUUUAUAUAUGCCUUAAUGAUGGCAUAUCUGAUCAAAUGGCUGUAGUUUCCCUGGUAUAUAUUAACAAUGGUGCAUUUUUUGUUGUACUCUUGAAUAUAGGACUGAAAGCACACAGUGAAUUAAAGUGCAAGAGAGAAGAAUUAUAGUGGAUUUUAUUUUUAAAUAUUUAUUAGAAAUUUAACUGAGCUACUAGUCUGAAGUGACAAAGUAGAGGUGGGUACAGUCAAGGUGGUGAUGAGUAUAAGUGAACAUGAUAUUAACAGUAGGUUAUUGAUAGUCGCAGGAGUCCUGUAGCAACUUGCUCUCUCAAAAGGAUGUCUGUGUGGUGCCACACAGCAGAAAUCAUGUGUCAUUCAUGUACUCAUAUGUGUUGAUGGUUCCUGGUAUUUCUCUGGAGGUAGAUGGAGUAUUUUAAGCAACCUGGUUUUAUUUGUGAUAAUGUGCAAAAGAAAAUUCUGGAAAAUGUCUGUAACCCUUCCAAGAGUUAUGCACAGGUUCAGUUUGGAGAGGCCUUUUUCUAGAUGCUAAGAAAGGGAGGCACUGCAGAGCAAGUGGCCAGAUCUGCCCUACAUCACGUGUGCAUACAUUGUGCUCAAGUGAGUGCAUGAAGUUAUUAUGACUCCCUUAUGUUUCUGUCUUACGCCGUCAUUUGAAUCACAGGAAUCAACAAUCCAUGUCAUCCUAGAGUGCCUGAAUAUACCACAGCUAGUUAGUAUAGAGAAUUUUAUUUCUCUUUUUCUUUAGUGAGGUUGUAGUAUUAUGGUUAGAAAAAAUAAUCUGCAAUAACUACAAGGUGAAUUAGAUGAACUAAGAGUUUGUGUGGUGACUGGGAAGAACUUGUGCCUGUUUUUUUGGGAGGAGGAUUGCUGUGAUAAAUAUGGAGUUCAGCUAAUGAUACCUGAUUUUAAAGCAGCCACUCUCACUGCAAUAUUUUUUUAAACAAGUUUUGAGAAGGACCAUAGCUCCCUUCUUGCUUUUUGAAUAUAACAUCUACCUGCUGGCUAGCCUACAUGGAUAUUGUUUAGAUGUUGGUGCAAUUAAGUAGCUAAAAUAACAUGCUUUUAAUUUGAUGUAUGAAAGAAUGCCCCAAAUGGAAAAGUUUCUUAAUAUAAGUAGAUCAGACCGAAGCAUAUCCCUGGAUUUUCAGGGAAAAAAAGUAUCUACUGAAGAAUGAUAUUGAAUUUGAUUAUUGCAGUGAACAUCUUCAGAGCUUACUCUUCAGUAUUAUAUACUGAAGCAACAAUCAAACACCUCAUCAGAUAUUACUCAGCUUGCUGUUUGUGUAGGCACCAGCAGCUCUUAGACAAGUGAAUGAUUAUUCUUGAAUACACGAGGGGUGGUUUCAAAGUUGGGUCUGCAAUGACUGUGUUGAAAAUAUGAGUUUGCCCUGGAGAGUGAAUGACAAAGGACAUUUUUCAAGCUCCCAAAAUCACACAGUAGUUCCUAAAAUAAUUUUUCUCAGAACCAGAAAAAAUUAGUUGUGAAGAAAACAUUUAAAAACUUUGUUGCCUACUGAACCUUGAAAGAACAGCUGUCCUUCCAAAGAAGGGGCAGCUCCUUAACAUGUGAGAGUAAAUUGUAAAUUACAUUUCCAUGUAAACUUAUCUAUGCUGCUCAGUUUCUUCUGAAAGCUUUGUCUGAAACAAUCAUGUAAAGACAGAGAAGUCUUCCUCCUGUAGUGCUUUAACGUUGAAUUACUAUGCUUUACAAAAUUGAUAUGCAUAGAAAAUACACUAUCACCUAAACUGUUUGAUUUAAGGAGUUGAUCUGGAAACAGUUGCUUGUAAUAAAUUAUAAUUCAGUAACUGAGCCAGCAUGAAAAUAAAAAGCUAGUGAAAAACAUUUUCAACAGCAUUCUGACAGAAAAAAAUAGGUUUUAUUAAAAAAGGGUAAUUUAGAGUUUCACUGUUUAAGAACAAGAUGUAAUGUCACUGAAUAAGAGAGAGGCACUCAAGGAAAACAAAUUAAGACUUCAGUUGAUGCAUUCUUUUACAGAGAUCUGGUGCUGUAAAUACUGAUUGCAUGAUUUACGGAAAAGCUUAUGUUCUUUGUAGCAUUAAAAAGGAGGAUCUUUAAUUUUUUUUCAGCAUUGUGAAAAACAAUUUGGUAAUGACUGCAGUAUUGGCAGAAUAUUGCUCUGUUGUAGCUAGUGAUAAAUGUCUCUGCCUUUUCCCCAUUGCCACCAAUAGAAGUUUCUGUCCUUAAGGAAUAUGUGACUGAGUCACUGAUGCAAAGGACAGCAGAAUGAAAAGAUACCUAGCACCAAAAGAAUCUGACAGCACGGACCUGUUAAAUGUCUCUCUGUACAUUCUCACAUGGGAGAAUCAUACACAUGGGCAAGGUAUUUUGUGAUUUUUAUUUCUGGUAUCUGUUUGUAUUUUACAUAAAAUAAUAUAUUUCAUACAUAUUUAUAAAAUUAGCUGUUUGUCAUGUGCAUCCUUAUCUGUUGUGUUCUCAAGGACCCAGUUAGCCUGAGGGAACUGCUGUAUCUUGGUGAUGAUGCCUGUCCAGCUAGGGUGGAAGGCUUGAACCUUUCAUAAUGGAAGGGUUUUCAAGGACUCCCCCCAUCCUGCAUGGACACCACCUGGAAUAUUCAGUGUCACAGUUCCUGUCCUCAGUGAUGAUGUUGUUUGGUACAGCGUAAACUCUUGGGAAUGUGGGGAAUUCUAGUGAUGUUUAUCUGACUCCUAUUACUGUGUGGGUGUUGCAGGACCUGUGUGUUGAGGCAGGGAAAUGUGCCUGAUCUGGCAAAUAGGCUGCUUCUGUCAUGACUGGGACAAUGUUACAGAAAAAGGGGGAUAUAGUACUUCCCAAAUAUGUUGGAGAGCAUAGAAGGCAUGAGAAUUAACUUGGGGAGCUUCAAAUGAGUUUCAAAUGUUUCAAAUGAGUGUGUGGGGUUUCUCUUAUGCUUGGCUUUGCAAAUAACUCUUUAAUAGGGGGGUGUGUGUGUGUAGGGGGUUUCUGGUAUCUGGUCCAGAGAAGGUACAGGUUGCCUCAGGUGGAGGCAGCCUCCUUGGCUCAGGUUGCAAGGACCUGGGUGUUUGAUUCAUGAGGGCUUUGAUUUCUGCAUGAGGUUGGCACAUUGUGAUCUCUGUUGAUGUUGUUUUGUCUUAUGAAUGCAUGCUAAUGAAUCUUCAUUUUACUACAGUUAGGACUCAGAUAGCCAAGCAAAAUUACUUCAGGCAGUUGUAGGGAUGCUUUUAAAAGCCAGAUAUGAGAAAGGACUCAUUUUGUCACUCUCAGCUUACAAUGCCUCAGACUGUUAAGCUGCCAAGAGCUGUUGUAGUCUGGGGCCAGCAAGGCUGCUGGGUGGGUUUGAGGGUGACUGUUGCUCCUGAGUAUGAAGAUCUGAGGCUAGUCAAGCCAGGCAUCUUUCCCCAUGUGGUAAAGGGAGAAAAACAGGUGGGAGCUGGGACACCGGUUCCGGGGCAGAGCUCUGCAGAAGCAGCCUUGGGUUGUUGCUGCAGCUCCUGGAGGACUUGAGGGAUGGGACAGGUUGGAGAGUUCUCCAUCUGUCUUCACUUCUGCAAAUAUGAAGCAAACUGCUGUCCUGUGAUAGCUGUCCUGCAUUUUGCAGGAAGAUUUAUCUGUCUCUGUCUGGGACUCUGCUAUAGGCAGGGUUUGGCAGGAGGGAAGACUGUUUUGCCCCACACACUGGCCUGUUUCUCUAGGCAGCUGCAUGCCUUGAUUAUGCCUAGAGCUGACAGCAAUGCUGUGUUAUCUUUGAAAUGUAAAAUGGCGUUAAGGAAUAACUGUAGUUUUUGAACAAGCAGUAUUAGCUGUAAGUCCAUAGAUGUUUUUAUGAAGAUCCUUGCUGAAAGUUGUGCUCGAGAAAAUAUGUAUUUAUUUAAAAUAAUCUAGGUCUUCAAUUGGUAAUGGAUAGGAAUGAUCGUUUUGAGUAAGAAAUCACAGUAUACAGAGAAAUCACUGUCAAACUUGAAGCAUCUGUUUUCUGAGGAGAGGAAAGAAGGAACAACUGAAUAUUAUUUCUGGUUGGGCUUUAAAAAGAAAAGCUGUAAGCAGGAGCAAUUUGGAUCUCUUAGUGUUGGUGUGAAACAUUAAUGGUCAAUUGAAAAGACUUGCCUACUUCACCAUGAGAAUACAAGUCUUGGACUUGUCUGUGUGGCACUGGUGGGAAUUAAGGCUCUGAGUUUUUUGGUUCACAUGUUUUUGUAGCACUGAGUGGCAGAAAAUGCAACUGUGUUUUGCUGUUAGUUUAUUUUGAAAAGUUACAGUAGAAGCUUUCUAAGCGUACAAGUGUUCUAAACUUCACAAGACACUAACAAGACAAGUAUGCUUUUGAAUGUGUAGUUCUUGUAGCUGAAGUACUUGUUCAGUUCUUGGUGUCAACAAAGAAUGAAGCAGGCUGUUCACAAAAGAAGAGGGAAUUUCUAUUCAAGUCAAGGCAAAGAGUUUUGAAAGGAAAGCAGUAACACUCUGAGUUUAGCCUGGCUACAGUUGUGUAUUAUAAUGCAAAUAACAUACAUACAUGGAAUUAAUAUAAAGACAAAUGAUAUGUUAAUAUGGCCUUCAAUCCUGUAUAAACACUACAUCUGCUUUUGCAUGUUACAGCCAAAAAGCUGUAUUCCUAUAUAAAAGGAAGACUAAGAUUGAACAUAAAAGACUCCUGAAUUUAAACAGUUUGAUCACUUUUGAAAUGACAAUGGGAGCUCAUCUUUAUACUACUUUUCUGUCUUUUCCUCACAGAACAGGACCUGUACAUAUUUCUGCCCUUUGUACUUGGCUCAGUGUUCCAAAGGAAUAUUUUAUUUGAGGGAAGCAAGGAAUGGUUUGUUUUUGUCCUAAGCAACACUUUCUUCUCGGAAAUAGCUGAACUAGUUAAGUUUGAAAGUUUUCAAAAGAAUUGAGCCUGAGGCAAUCUUCUGGCAUCAAAAACUUCAGUCUAAAUAGACUUGAGUUGGUAGAAAUAGAAGCAGCUGAAGCAUAAUUCUUUGAUAGAGGCGCAUCAGUAAAUUCAAGAGGAGGUGGUGCGUGUGGAGGCGUUCUGGGAGCCACAACAGGGAGGGGCAACGCAAUCCAGCUCCUGAGAGCUGUCUUCACUCUUUCCUCCUCCCCCAAGCUGCGUGUCCAAGUCUGUGAGCUAGAAAUAUCUACUUACACAUACCACUAAUAUGCCAAUGAAACAGCUGCUGCUGGCCAUGGGUUAUGUAACUGGAUUGAAAAUGACCUGAGAAUUCAUUUGAGUUGAGAAUUCAUUCAGUUGAGAAUUUGUUAGUGGUGAAUGUUCAUCUGUGCAACCUGGGUGGAGUUGUGUUGGUAUGUCAUUUGCUACACAUGAUAUAGCAAUUAUUUCAGGACCUAGAAACAAUAAGGGACACAGACAAGAAUAGCAUGUGGACAAGAAACUCUUUAUUCUUGAACUUGAUGCGAAGGAAAAAUAGGUUGAUUUUUAAACUGGCACACUGGCCCUAAAGAGGAGUUUGGAUGGAAUAGCAGUAGGUAUGUUCAACAGAUUGAUAAUCUGAUAUGAAUCAAGGAAGUAAAGUAUUAGCUGUACUUUCCUAGUCCAAAGGCUGGAUGGGGCUGAUCCAUGGUUCUUUAAUGAUCAUUUACUGCAGGCUUCAUUCUUCCUUCUCUUAAAAAAAAAAAACCCAAAACCAAAACAAAACAAAAAACAAGCAAACAAAAAAAAAAAAAAAAAAAAAGAAACAAAAAAACCCCCACAAAAAUCCACCCAAAAACAGAGAAACAAGGAAAACAAACAAAAAAAGAAACAAACAAAAUCAACUGUAAAACACAACAGUGUACGGGAGGACCUGUGGAAAUGCCAGCAAAUUUCCAUUUCCUAGAUGUACCUGUUGACCUAUAAAAUUGCUUAUGUGAAGGUUAACACACUCUCUUAAUGCUUCAAUAAGCCUGUGAUCUAGUGAGACAGACCUUGGCAGUGCUUUGAGAAAUGUGCUCUUGGCCAAGGGAAAAGCCUGGAGAUGCUAAACGCUACCAGGUGAUCUCUGCAUUCAGCCUACUAAGUUGCUUGGUGUUCCUUGCUUACAGCAUGACUUGGGCUGUUUUGCCAGCCUGAAACUAGGGAAAUAUUGCAGAAGAAUUGUUCUUCUCCCCAGUAUACUUGAUUUUGGUGUGUUAGAAAAAUGGGAAAAGUUGAUUUCUUGGUGCACGUGAUAUAGUGCCAUUGGCAAAUGCACCAGAACCGUAUAACUGUCACUGGGUGUGUCUCUGGAAAAUGUCGGCAUACUUUCAUAUUAAGUUGAAUUUCUCCAUACCUCUCAUUAUUUUUUGAAGGCUUUUGUGAGUAGAUAUGUCUCUCUGUGAAGAGAAGCCUUUUUUGGUUUGUUUCUGUUAAUGACUCUUGAUUGUGGUUAUUCUCAGGUCAGUUACUGCAGCUUGUUGCAGAAGAUUCUGAGACCCAGUUCAUAGCGGAAAUGCUGAACAGAAUUCAGCAUAGCUUUUGUCUUUUGCCUGCAAUGCAUUGGGCCUAAUUCUACACCUCUCAUGGCACUUUUAAAAUAGCCCUAUGCCAUAAAGGGCUGUUCUCCUCUGUAGCUUCUGUGGAUACCAAGGCCAGAAGUAAGGGCAUUCCUUAUGCUUUUAAGCCCAACUCUUGUGUAGCUUGACUGAGUGCUGUACAUGCCCUAAUUUCUGAUGCACCCCUAAAUUCUCCUGUUGCUGAGUAGUCCUAUGCUGUCCACUUCCAAAACCUUUUACUUAUCCUUUUAUCCUGAUGAGAAUUCAUCAGGACUUGUGAUGCAGAGGCAUUUGAAAAGAGCACAGUGAACCGGCAGAAGUUGAUAUCCGGACAUGCACAGGCUGGAGUAAUCGCCUUAGUCAGUGGGACUUCUGCGUUUGUUGUGAAAAUGACAUAGGAGUGGAACUUGUCUGCAAAGAAUAGCUCAGCAGCUUUUCUGGGGACAAAGUCGGUAUGAAACAAUUGAUGUACUUUCCUCCCUCUUAUUCGGCCCCCUUUUUUUCUUUUUCUGAAGCCUAUUAUCUGAGUUUAAUGCGUAUACUGCAUUUGUAUCACCUUUCAGAACAACAAAAUGUGUUAUGGCUUGGAAGGUUUUAGUAGAAAACUCAUGUUCAAAUGACUGAGAAAUCUACAGCCCUGGAGGAGAAGUGUGAGGCCAAAAGUAAUGUUUGUGUGAAAGAUACUUGAAAUAGAGAAACUCUUCUGCAGAGCUCUAACUUUUAAGGAAUUUGAGAUAUUUUGGUUCAGGGGAGUGCACAUUUCUGCGUAAGUUCUGUUCACAGUGUUGUCAUUCAUCAGUUCUUACUUUCUCCACAGGUAGUAUGCUAGAUUUUUUUUGUUUUAACUAGCCAUAAUGAUGAUGAUCAAUAUCAGUUUCUUGCUCUGAAAAUCAGAGCAUUCCCACGACUGACUUGAUGAUCAGUGGUUCCACACAGGUACUUUUCCCUGCAUGGAAAUUUGUCUGUCAGGGAAUGUACCUGUAAGUCCUUUGUGCUCUAUUGUCAUUCAAGUUAUUUACCCUUUGUUAACCUGCAAAUCUCAUAGUGUGUUUUAAAGAAGAGAAAGAAUUAGCAGCUUCAGAAACAAUUAAUAAUUACCUUGUGUGUUGUUUUCUUUGCAGAACUGCAGUUUCCUUUGCAGGUGUAUUCAGAAGCAGUUAGUAAUGUGGUUUUUAUUGUUUGUUUUUUUUUUUUUAAUUCUCUUUAACUUAAUGCUCUAUUUCUUGGCUGACUUUUAACAUACUUUUUUCAAAGCUUUGCACUAUUAUAGUUCAUAUGUUUCUUUAUCUUGAUAUUUUUUAGUGAAUCUUCUUCAGCUUUAGAAAGCAAUGAACUUCUAAUAGCAUAGUUCAGAGAAGUGAAUUUACAUUAACGCCAGGACAGCAUAAAUGUUGUCUUUGAGCCCUUUUAUUUGCUCUUCCUCUUCUGAUAACUUUAUUUUUAACUUUAGGAUGACAAUAUUGUGCUAUUCCAAUGGUGUGGUUGUAAAUGAUAAAUUUUGUCACAUGAAACCUUCAGAGCCACAAUAUUCUACUUAUCAAUGUCUAUGACUUAACAACUCAGAUCCUUUUCUGUUCCUUUUUUUGGCAUGCCAGAAAGUCCUUCAGGAGUUUGUUGGUACUUGAUACAACAUGUGACCAUUCCAAUACUUCACCCUUUGUAUGUUGCACCUGGGUAGACUUUUCAAGCUACAGAACUAUGCUAAUGGAGGCUUCAACUUUUUCUUUCUAUUCUUAAUAUUAGCACUUCUUUAGCUAUCUCUUUGAUUAUACCUGGUUCCAAACAUCCAUUGAAAAGGAACCAGAAUUUGUACCUUGAUCUAUACUGAUAUUUACAGGACUUGUUGAAUAAAAUGGGACAGACUAGGGAGGGAAGAAGAGAAGUAAUCUCUGCUCUUGCAUGAUGUUCAAGCAUAAUCAUUUUGCGCACCUGCACUUAAAAUUCAAGUAUUCAUAGAACUGGAUCUAAGCUAAAUAAUGUAUGGAGGAAAACAAUGUCAGCAUACAGAAAUUCAAAAAUUUAUCCUGAAGACAUGUUUUUAUCUAUUAUAUGCAAAAUCAUUUAAACAUUACUUGUAGUUGUGGAGGACCUGGAUGGCUACUUGCACAAAAUUUCUCAUCCAGUACAACUCCUGUUGAACUUUUUAACAGUAACUAUGUCUGGUCAUGACAGUUUGCAGCAUGCCUGAAGGCUCAGGGCCUUAAAUAUCAUUAGUGCCUUUGGGCUAACUCAGAAACUUUGAAAUGUGCAAAGAGUAGAGUAAUUGCUGGUCUUGUAAUAAAACAAUAUUAAGUUGACCUUUUAUUUGUUUGUAUGCUUUUAAAAGUAAUAUUUAUAGAAACCCAAAAGAGAGGAAAGAAUCACAAGCUGCAAGUGAAUCAUUGCAGUGUCAUUGCUAGCUUUGUUCUGUUCUAUUUUGGUUUAUUGUUUUUGCAUCCUGGGCCACAACCUCCUUAACUUUUAGCUAGUGGUGGUUGUGCUUUUAUGAAAAGAAAGUUAUGGAUAAAACUGUUAAAGAGUAGUUCUUUUUGUUUUGGAGUGUUCCCCUUCUUCUCACCUUACUUUUCCAGGUAUCUUCCCUAGUUGAGAUUUGGGAAUGCAAUGUCAGCAGCAUCCUCCAAAAUGUGUUCCAUGUCAGGUUCUCUGAAUAGUUUAGGUUCAGUCUUGCAUGUGUUGUGAUUUCUGAAGAGUUACUCUUUUGAUGUGCAGCAAACACAGAUUUUGUAGGAUUCUUGUUUUGCCAGUUUUUUUCUGAGUCCAAGCAACUUUCUCCUGCAGUUAUUCAGUACUGAAGCUUUCCUGCAAAGACAGGUAGAACUUGAUUCCUUUUUGCUGAAGACAUAGACUGUUUUGGAAAACUUGUUUUUCUGAUUUUAAGAAGAAACAUCACUCCCAGAAUGAAUCUAAGGCAUCUCAAACUACCAGUGUUCUAAUUUAUUUCUUCUUAAGGAAAAACUAGUGGCUGAGCAUGGAGAUUUUUGUGUCAGCUCUAUUGUAGCUUCUCCUUGGAUUACACCCAAGGGAUGCUGUUCUGAAAGAUGGAGCUCCCUUUUCUGCACCUAAAUGAGGCUUUAGCUUCUUUCUUUGUAGGAUAUUCAAGUUGUUUCUUGUCCUCUGGCACAAUCCCUGAAUUCUUUGCAUUGAUUUCCCAUUUGUUUUGUCUGUAUCCAGGAUUCAGUACUGUUGCUAACAGCGAAGCACACAUGCUGUGCACCUUCUGCUGCAAGCUCAAGUCAUCCUUCCUGUUAUUAGCUUUUUCAAUAUUCUGAAUGCCAUUCAGGCCAAGUUAAUUUUUCUUACUCUUUCGCCAGUGUGGUCUGUCUUUACCUUUUUUUGCUUUAAUUAAGGUGGUCUUCCAUAGUGGUCACUAAUAUAACCACAAUGUAAUUAAGUGGUCUUCCAUGGUGGUUAACUAAUGCAUCCCCUUGAACAUGGGUAUCAAGUGUCUGCAGCAAGUAUAAUCCAUAUAUAUUUUUACACAGGCAGCUGCAUUUUUUCCUUGCCAUACUGGGACCAGUAGCACUGAUGUGUUUCACCUUCUUUGUAGUUUUCCAGAGUGAUGCAGUGUUGUCUUCCAGCAGUCACUGCUGACCUUCAGAAAUUAUAUUUAAAAGGGCAAAACAAGCACGUGUUCAGUUUUCAAACUCUCAGGAAAUAAAAGCAGCAAUCUUGGCAGAAAUCUCUUCUCAAUGAGUUCUGGUGCUGCUAUAUAAAGAAGGCUAUGAGUCAUACAAUGAAGGUAGGUUCCUGUACAUUUCCAUGCAGGCAUAACUUGGGUUUUUUCUCACCUGUCUUAAGCUUGAUGCAGGCUACCCAACUGGGUGAGUCUUAGAGGGAAUAUAAGCAUAUAUACUGUGUUUUCUAGAGAGUGAUAAAUCUACACUUUAGUUGUGUAGGUAACUUACCUAUUUCUUACUUGCAGUUGUGUCAGCUCAGCCCUGCCUAAUUUAACCUAAAAAGUAAGUCUGAGCUGUAUCUUCAUUUACAUCUCCCUAAGGAGUAUUAGCUGCAUUCAAUCUCUAACUGAUCUCCUGCACCAAACAGAAUAAUGUUCCAUCAAAAACAGUAGAAAUUAUUGACACUGCAUUUGGAACUUUGCCUAUAAACUGGGAUUCAGUGUUUUCUAAAUUUUCUAGCUUUUUAGUACUGUAUGCUGUAGAAGUGAGGAAUGAUAAGAUGUGGCUGUGAGAGCAACAUUAUAUUUCUAGUGAUGCUCUGUACAGUAGUUGUUGGAUUGGUCUUUGGCACAAGCUCCCACAGUAGGUACCUUGGGAAGACUUGUCAGACAAACAGUACCUAGAGGGCAAAGCUGGGGUGGAUGGUAUGAAAGAGGUCUAAGAUUAUUUACUAGCUCUAAUCCAGGAUGCGCCAUUUCUGAGAUGAAUUGUGAAGAUAGUUAACUAAGAUUCGAAGCACAGAUCAUAUAUUUUGUUUCACGUGAAUACUCCUCCUCCUUUUAAUAAAUUUGGGGGUUAAUUUAAAUGUUUCAGCCUUUGGCUAGAGUGAAGUCAGUGCACCAUGACAUGCCCUUAAAUAAAAAAAUAGCUCUCUGGUCAAGUGGAAAUGGAAAUAUUUUCCAAAGGAGAUUAUUUCCCUUCAGUUCUGCACAGGCUAGUGAAAGUUGUGCCAUUCUGAAAGCAAGCAAGUAGUCACCAGGUCAUGUUCAAAGUGACCUCUGAAAAAUCUGUGUAUUGGGAGCUCAUUAAGAUGAGGAGUUGGAAGCUUAUAAGUGUGGUUUUUCCUUUAUUUUUAUCAUUGUAUUGAAAUCAGGUUUAUUGAAAUGAAGUUUAUUUAAUCUUUAAAACAUAAAGGGAAAUAGGCAGAGUUGAAGGAAAAGCAAAUCUUAGUAUGUCUUUAAUAGCCAUCUAAUGAGACAGUAAGUCUUAAAAUGGAUUGGUGAUACUUUACUGCAUUACAAUACUGGAAUCCAAUGGAUGUAUAAAGUUAUCAAUGAACUACAAUGCACGUCUCUAGCUUGAACUGUAGUUAGCUUUCUCUUUGACCAUAAAGUUUUAUGUUGCAGUCUCUUGCUUUGCUCACAGAUCUCAGGAUUCAGGUGCUCCUCAGCUCUGCUUUCAGAGAAGUAAACUAGCAGAAGCCAUACAAUUAUACAACAUGAUUUUUCCUCCCGGCUAUCCUGACUGUUGUAGUUAAGUAAAAAAGGAAACGUGGACGGCCUUCACUGUGGCUUUUUACUUACAUCUUUUUUUAGAAUUUUGACUUGCCUUGUAUGUUUUUUCUGAGGUAGAGUAAUUAUUCCCCUCUCCAUUGUAUAGCGCUUCUGAAAAACUGCCUCACAAAAAACUCUUACAGAUAUCUUAACAUGUCUUUCCUAAGUGAAAGUUUUUCUAUUGCUCUUAAUCCAUUGCUUGAUCUCGUUUGAAAUGAGAUUCAGCAAGCCAGGUGAUAGACUUGUAUAAAAAAAAAAUCUUCUGUAUGAACAUUUUCUCAUCCCAACUUGGUUUAAAAUUCUGUUUUAUAUCCUCUGUAUUAUAGAUACAGAAGUAUAUUUGAGUCACUCAAGCAACCAAAAUGGGAAAUCACUCUAGGUAUUCAAAACAAAGCUCUUGCAUGAGGUUACUCAUUUGAGGGAGCUCUUGGGCAUCAGCUGCAAGGUGUUGGUACUGUAUUACCAUGGGAGGCUGAUGCAGCAAGCAAAUAGUUCUGCUUCUUAAUGACUGAAUGUUUAGAGGAUCUUGUUCCAUUUUAUUCUCUUUGCUUUCUCCCUUCAUAUUAUUAAUAUUGUUUCCCUCCUUCCUCAAAGGUAAAAGUAAAAAAAAAAAAAACAAAAAACCAACUGUUGAAAAAACCCCCCAAAAAUAGUCUUCCUAGCUGCUUGCUCAAAUGUAAGCACUCGAAGUCUGGAAAAUAAAGGUACAUUUACAUAUGUCAUGAAAUGACCAAGGCAACUGUUACAGACAGUGGUAUUACAUUAAGCAUUUUAUUCAAAAAGAAAAUGAAUGCAUAUUUAAAUUUCAUCUCAAGGGGAUUUUUUCUGGAGUCUUUAGCAGAAUAUGUUGUUGAGUUCUGAAAAUCAAGCAGAUCUUGCAGUCAUGUGUGCCCUUUUUCUUUUGUUGCCUCCUCCUCAAAGAACAACCCCUUAGCAUGGGAAGGCAUCUACUAUAUCUCAUUUCAGACUCUGGUAGUAGACAAAGUCAUCUUAAUACAAGACUAAUAACUAUUGUAAGCAGAAAGAAACCUGACUAGAACGUCUAAAAAUAUUUUUUUGAUGCUUCUUGCUUAGGGAAUAGCAGUUGUUUUUGUUUAACAGAAAACAAUUGAAGGUUCAGGGCUGUGUAGGGUAAAAUGAGCUAUUCACGAAGGCAUUAAAAAGUAAAAGUGCAUAGCAGUUUGAAGAGCUGUGAAAUGCCAUGGCCUUGUGUACCUGUUGUACUGUGUAUGUAUUCAUAAGCAAUACUUUGAGUAUGUUUAUUGUAUGCUGAAGAUUCAACCUCUAGUAUUGAUUUGCCUAAAUUAUCUUGCAGGAUGGAAUUUGUAAACAUCUUCAUUUAUCUGGAAAGAACUAGCAGCUCAGGUGUACUGAAGGGAUAACAGGUAGUUAUGAAAACAACUUUUCUUCCGUAGAUGAACAUAUGUAGCAGUGAAUAGAGGGAGACAACAGAACAAGCAACACCCUUUCUUCUUCCUGCAAAUACCCAAUGAAACAAAAACAACAACAGAAAAAUCACAAAAAAAGCCCCAUUUUGGGGCCUCCAGCAUUCUGGUUUCAGCUUCUGAUCAAGGUGGAUGGGGUUCUUGGGUCUGAAGCAGUGUGCUGUUUCUGGUAUGCUAGGGGAAGAGUAAUCUCUUGUUAAUUUUCAUGUUAACAUCUGAUCCAACUGCCUAUUCAGUAUCAGCAGUAAUGAGGAGUAGUUGCCUGUUACGCUCAGUGUAUGCGUGUAUGGGAAUAUCAAAGCUGCUCUGUGGUUUGGUGCUGUUUAGGAGAGAAGUUAAAAGAGCAUAACAGAUGUUCCCCUCAAAUAGCUCCAGAGCUAGCAGGGCUGCAUCAGCAACCAGUCUCGUGGACAGAAAAAGUGUGAAAUGAAAACAGUCUGAAUAAAAUAUGCCCAACUUCUGGUUUUGUCCAGUGUUUCUAUGGCAGCAUGGGGCACCAUGGCCUGAUGCAGCUGAGCAAACUCAUCUCCUCAAAUGUGGCUAAUGACUCUUUCAUGCUUUCCAGGGAAUAAAAGGAGAAGCCGCCCUUUUUGGGCUUGUUGGCAGCAGUACUUCUCAUGGAAACAGCUUCAGCUUGUAGAAAUGAUUUAUGGGCUGUUAGAAAAGAGGGAGAGAAGACAGUGAAAACAAGGCAGAAGAACCAUCAGAGACACAGGUGGCUGAUACUAAAUAGCCAUUCAAAAAGACAUAAAAGUGUUAAGAAAAGGUGCAAAGGAAAGACGUCAGCAACAGUCUUCAGAGGACUGAGCUGGGAAAAGAAGGCAUGGUGAUGUAAGUGGGAAUGGAGGUCCCUUUUGGGGAAAUGAAAAGGAAGGUAGGAAGGAGCAUCUGUAAGCUGUUGUGAGGAUUGGGCUGAGGUGGUGGCCAUUUUUGUAGCCUCCUGGGAGCUCUCCUUUCUGAGGGACAUAUGACCAGGCAGGAUGUGAAUGGAGAAGGGGAGCCAGUGCUUUUGCUUGCUAUUGCUUCACAAGCUCCCAACCUGUGUCACUGUAGAAGGAUCAAUAUACUUAUAUCUUGAAUAAGAACUUGGGUUUGGAAUCCUACAAGCUGAUUUAAGAACCAGUAUUUACCGAUGAGCGACUUGAAUUUUCCUCUUAUGUUCUCAAUAAACAGCAUAUGAAAGCAAAAAGAAAGAGGUGCUCUGUCCUAUAACUCCAAGUAAUGUUAUAGAUAUGGGAAGAAUGCUUGUGAUGAAAUUUCUAGGCUUCAAAGUGCUGUUAGACUGAGACUGACAAAAUUAGAAAUCCCACAUAAUUUUGGUAGGGAGUAUAUUUGGUGUUAUUAUUGUAACUUAAUGUGUGAUAAGAUAAAAUAACCAAGUCUGCCUGUUUGAGAAGACUCUCCAAAUAAAGCACAUUUUGACCUUUUAUUACUAGUAAAAGUUUACUCACCUUUGCAAAUAAGUAAAUGAAAUAUAAACUGAAAGCGACUCAUAGUGGUAGGCAGUUACUUGGAGGUCAGCAGUGGGAUAAUGUUUCACAUUAACUGAAUUGAAUGAAGGAUGAGUACAAAAUCAUACAAAAUUUGCUCAUUCCUUUUAAGCCCACGCUAAUCUGACUGUGGAUAAUCCUUCAGGAUGGCAAUAAAAUCAGUAUGUGGAGUGUAGUCAAAAGCAUGAUGUUCAGCCUUGCAGCAUUGCUUGUAGCCCAUUAAAGAUUUUAGGACACUGCAUUGCAUAUAACUUUAUUUUAUUUGACCAAAAUAGGAGUGUCUUCAAAUUUAGAAGUGUCCCUAUCAACUUCUUCUCUGCUGUAGGUUUCUUCAAGAUGAGAUUGGAUGAUGAAAAGAACACAAACAUGUUUUUCUAAAUCUAAAGACACAGGUUUGUUUAGGUCAUGGAGAUAUUGAAAGUGGGAAGGUUCCUGACUUGCUGUGGAAAAAGGCAAAUUAACACCUGCAUAUCAUCAUAUCUCUUUACAGCUUAUGUUCUGGGGCUAUGUACUUCAGGGUUAAUGUUCUUGACCAAAGCUACCAAAGAUUAGGAAUGCUCUCUCUAGUCAAAGGACCACUUGAUCUAACAUGGUUUCUUCUCAUUCCUUCUGUUUUCUUUUCCAUUCCUACCACUUGGAAGCCUUUCUCAAGACAAGCAAGCUGAAAAAUGCAAGCCCUCAACUUAGCAAGCAAUUAAAAGAGGCCUCAGUUAUGCCUGGACAAGCUGCUCUUGUUGCAUGCAUGUCAUUCUUCCUUCAGUCUCUAGGUUUAAUAGAAGAAGGUAUCGUGAAGGAAAUAGACAUCAGUCAUCAUGUCAAGGAAGGUUUUGAAAAAGCAGAUCCCUCUCAGUUUGAACUGUUGAAAGUAUUAGGACAAGGUUCAUAUGGAAAGGUAUUUCUAGUCAGGAAGGUAAAAGGAUCUGAUGCAGGCCAGCUUUAUGCCAUGAAGGUACUUAAGAAGGCAACUCUAAAAGUUCGGGAUCGGGUACGAUCUAAAAUGGAGAGAGAUAUUUUGGCAGAAGUGAACCAUCCUUUCAUAGUCAAGCUUCAUUAUGCAUUUCAAACAGAGGGAAAGUUGUACCUAAUACUAGAUUUCCUGCGGGGAGGGGACCUUUUCACCAGACUCUCCAAAGAGGUGAUGUUUACAGAAGAGGAUGUCAAGUUCUACUUAGCUGAGCUGGCCUUGGCAUUAGACCACCUCCAUGGUCUUGGAAUUAUUUACAGGGAUCUAAAACCAGAAAACAUUCUUCUUGAUGAAGAGGGUCACAUUAAGAUUACAGAUUUUGGUCUGAGCAAAGAAGCCAUCGACCACGACAAGAGAGCGUACUCGUUCUGCGGGACAAUAGAGUACAUGGCCCCCGAGGUGGUCAACCGGCGAGGGCACACGCAGAGUGCCGACUGGUGGUCCUUUGGCGUGCUCAUGUUUGAGAUGCUGACGGGAUCAUUACCCUUCCAGGGAAAAGACAGAAAGGAGACAAUGGCACUCAUUCUCAAAGCCAAGCUGGGAAUGCCACAGUUUUUGAGCAUAGAAGCCCAGAGCCUGCUGCGAGCCCUCUUCAAAAGGAACCCCUCCAACAGAUUAGGUGCUGGAUUUGAUGGAGUGGAAGAAAUUAAGCGUCACCCUUUCUUUGUUACUAUAGACUGGAAUAAACUGUACAGAAAAGAAAUCAAGCCGCCUUUCAAGCCCGCAGUGGGGCGGCCAGAAGACACCUUUCAUUUUGAUCCAGAGUUCACAUCUCGGACCCCUACAGAUUCCCCAGGUGUUCCUCCAAGUGCCAAUGCUCAUCAUCUUUUCAGAGGGUUCAGCUUUGUUGCCUCUAACUUGGUGCAGGAGCCUGCUCAGCAAGAUGUGCACAAAAUCACUGUUCACCCAAUUGUGCAGCAGUUACAUGGGAACAACAUUCAUUUUACUGAUGGAUAUGAGAUCAAGGAGGACAUAGGAAUUGGCUCCUAUUCGGUGUGCAAGAGAUGUGUUCAUAAAGCUACAGAAACAGAGUUUGCAGUGAAGAUAAUUGAUAAGAGCAAGAGAGACCCCUCUGAAGAAAUUGAGAUACUCUUGCGAUACGGACAACAUCCAAACAUCAUUACUCUUAAAGAUGUCUAUGAUGAUGGGAAGUUCGUGUACCUGGUGAUGGAGCUGAUGCGGGGAGGUGAGCUGCUGGACCGCAUCCUUCGGCAGAAGUGUUUCUCAGAGCGGGAGGCCAGCGCUGUGCUGUGCACCAUCACCAGGACUGUGGACUACCUACACUCUCAGGGUGUCGUGCACCGAGAUCUCAAGCCAAGUAAUAUCCUCUACAUGGAUGAGUCAGGAAACCCAGACUCUAUCAGGAUCUGUGACUUUGGGUUUGCCAAACAACUCAGAGCGGAGAACGGGCUGCUCAUGACUCCCUGCUACACAGCCAACUUUGUCGCUCCUGAGGUCCUGAAACGCCAAGGUUAUGAUGCAGCCUGUGACAUUUGGAGCUUGGGGAUCCUGCUGUACACCAUGUUGGCAGGAUUCACUCCUUUUGCAAAUGGACCAGAUGACACCCCAGAGGAGAUUCUGGCCAGGAUUGGCAGUGGCAAAUAUGCUCUUACAGGAGGAAACUGGGAUUCAGUAUCUGAUACUGCAAAGGACAUUGUGUCUAAGAUGCUUCAUGUAGAUCCUCAUCAGCGCCUAACAGCAGUCCAAGUCCUGAGACAUCCAUGGAUAGUGAACAGGGAGUACCUGUCUCAAAACCAACUCAGCAGGCAGGAUGUUCACCUGGUUAAGGGUGCAAUGGCAGCCACUUACUUUGCUUUAAACCGCGCACCUCAGGCACCGAGGCUGGAGCCCGUAUUGUCCUCCAAUCUGGCUCAGCGGCGAGGCAUGAAAAGACUUACCUCUACCAGAUUGUAGCAGUACCCCCAAAAGGCCUCCUUGAAAACCCACAAUUUAUUAUUUGAGAAAUUCAUCUGUACUUGGCUAGCAGAACCUUUCUGGACAACCUGCACAUGAAAUUGUCAGAACUAGCAGAAGCCCACGUAAGGCAAAGUUCUCAUUUGCUACAUCUUUUCUUUUACAUUCCAGCCAGGGUCCUGAGUUUAACAACGUCACAAAGAUGUGCCAGUUUUGCCAGUAGCUCUGUUUCUUUACUGAGAUAAAGCCAAAUAAAAUAGGUGAGCUCCAUCCUUUCCACCCUAGGAAAACUGUUUUUGAGUCUGUAAGAUGUUCCAUGGGAACAGUUUUCAUUUUGUUUUUCAAGAAAAGCACUUUUUGCUACGAAGAACGCAGUUGAGUUAGAAUGCUGUUCCAGCAUGCAUCAUGAUGAAGUGACUUGGCACGAGUAGACAUCUACUGAUCUCCACUCACCCCAGGAAGAAUGAAGGCUGCAGAGACACAUGAGUAAUACCUUAUUUGAAACAAGUGCUAUACAACAUGAGGUAGAGAGAGCUGGUGGUGGUGGAAAUACCUUCUGUUCUUGAGGAAUCUUCUGCACUUUGCCCCUGCCUUCUCUGGAAUGAAGCUAGCACCUCUCAAGGAGAGUGUGCCACCAGCUCUGACUUGCUCGAAAGUCUCAGAGAGCAAAAAACUUCUGAGAAGCUCAGUCUUCUGAGGAAAAGAAUGGGUCUUAUGAGACUGUGGGGAGGCAUUCAUGUAAAGCAGUGAGAGUAGGAGCCUGUGGAUCAGGCAAGAGAAAGGUGUCUGGUCUUGACCAGCAAGCAGGUCUGGGAGGAUCAGGUGAGGGGGCUGGGGGAGCCGAAAAAAGGCAGGGAAAGAUGUGAGUGGCUUUGAGGACAGUAAGCAAAAUAAUGCAAAGGCAACUAGUGUACAAGUGGCUGGGGGCAGACUGUGACUCCCUCUCAAAGCAGGGGGCAGUCCCCCUUCAGUGGCUGGUGCAGAAGACAUGGCUGCCCAGGGGCCAAGUGGGUCCAUGCAGCCAUCCAUCCUCCCAGUCAUCACCCAGUCUGCUCUCCGAGAGCCGUUCUGGCAGCCCAGGGUGCCAUGCUGCAGCAAGAGAGGCCAUUUCCAGUCAUUGUUCCCUGCCCUCCCCUGGCUGAUCACCCAAACCUGCCUCCAUCACCCAUCAUGUCAUGUCCCUGCCUGGGUGUUCUGCUCUAGCAGAGCUAAACUCCCCAUGCAAUGUAUGUGCAGAGAGUAUCCACUUCUGAAGAGUUCAGCCAACUCUGUUAUAAGCUUUAAUAAUAAUAAAUUAUGAGGAGAAAUGGGAGGAUGCUCUGUUUUUAUAUUUAUAUGAAUAUGUACAUGUGUAUUUAUAUACAUAUAAAACAAAAAUUCUGUGCCCUAAUACCUGGAUUUUCCAGGUCCAGGGAAAGAAACUUUUGUUGAAAUGGUCUCUGCAAAACGGACUUUUUUCUCAUUCCCUGGUUUCAAAGAAAGAAAGCAAGGUUUGUGGUGCCAGAUGUGAACUAUUUUUUUAUUCCUUUUUUUACCCAUCUUAGCUUAUUGGUGGUCACAAGCUGACCAAGAUUCUUCUUUGUACUGCUUUUGUUAAUUUUUAUUUUCGGAGUGAAUUUUGUCACCUCAGAUGCUUUGUGGGAAAAGCUACUGUGCUGUGUUGGCUUUUUUCUGUUGUGACAGGGGAGAAAAAAAAAAAGAAAAAUGUGAACAUGGAGCUUCAUAUGCUAGACAUGGUAAUUUUUGCUUGCUGGGUAGUUUGUGCAUCUCGGUGCUGAACUGGAAUUACCAGAUCACUGCCUCAGAUUGUCCAAGGGGUUUCAUUUGCUACAGUGAUAUUCUUCCUAAAACUAUCUCUGCUUCAAUGUUGACUGAAGUUUGUUUGCAUUAGUGUAUUUUUAAAUUUAAAUUUAUUCUUAAUAAUUUAAACUGAUAUUUAAUGUUCAAAUUUAUGUGCUGUGCACAGAGGAUCGCUGCAAAGCAGCUCUCCUUGAAGCCCUUCUCUUUUCUAAAAUAAACAAUGCUGUGAAACUUCACACAGAGGCUGAGUUGGCUGGGACUGAGGAGUAUAAACGCACAGGUAGGUGUCUGUGCUUGUGUACACAGCAGCCCACAUUCUCUGCUCUGGCUAAGCUGUGCUCGGUGUCAGCUUUUUGCUGCCUUUAGAUUUUUCUGCUUGCUAGAAGUUAAGUCUCACACAUUUCAGCUAACAGCACACCGUGAGGAUUUCCACUGGCAGGGAUAUCCUGGCUGGUGCAGAACAGCUCUGGCCAGGCCUUGUUUCCCUUGAAGUGACUUCUGUCCUGGAAGAAGGCAAGGUGGGUAUAAAGGAUGCAAAGGACAGCCUGGAGGGAGGGAUGGAUUUUCUGGAGUCCCAGCUGAUAUGUGCUGUUUCAACAAAAUGUAUUUUUAAUGGUCAGAGUAAUUGUAUUAUAUUAUAUAUGGGCAGAAAGACUGUUGAAAAUGUUAUGUACAGUUUUUGUCUCCCUCUGAGAUUUCCUAGUCAUCUUGCAUUGCUUCAGUUUGCUUUCUCUCACAACCACUGGAAAAAGCCUAAUUCCUUCUAGAUAUACCCAGUCUUAAUUCCUUGAGUAUUUUUUUAACUGAAUAUUAUUGUAGGCCAAGCUUACAGGAUGUUGUUCUUCCCAAACUUUAAGGGUUUUAAUCUCUUCCUGACUUUCCUCUUUCUAACCCACCAGCUAUUAACAUAGAGACACAUACAGACUCAUACAUCUUAAUGCUCAUUAAUUACUUUAUAAACCCAUGAAUAAUUAUAAGCCCAUACAUAUAGUGGGCUUUGUUUAUUAAGUUUUUGUGGCCAGUGCAUCCAGAUGUCUGCACAUAUGUGUCUGUAUGUAAACACAUGCACAAAAAAGUGCUGUCCCAGCUUGUCCAAAUAAAGGUAGAAGUGUAGUCA